AUGUUUAGUUUUAGUUUGGGUGAGUCCUUUCCAUUGUUCUGAAAAGGCAGGAGCACACUGCAGGUGGAGAAUUUCUGAGAGGAAUUUCUUCUUAAUAAUGCUUAUUCUUUAGGAAUGAUUUCUGGUUCAGCCACACAUACUGUCAGGAAGAGCCUGGAUCAGUGCUCCUGUGAUGAUCUUCUUGGCUAAUUUGCUUGCAUGAGGACUGAUGAAGAUCUUGAGGCAAUGUCCUCUCUGUCUAAAAGAGUUACCCUCCAACUAGUUGGCUUUUCUUUGGGCUCUCUCGGCUGGAUUUUAUCCUGUAUUACAACGAGGCACGCAGAGUGGAGGCUGUGGCUUGUGGAUAAUACCACCAUCUUCUCCUCUGGUAUUGCCCAUGUAGGAAUCUGGAAAAUCUGCUUUCCUCCAAACUUAAAAAUCUCCAGUGAUUAUGGUAUAGUGUGCUGUCACGAAUUCAAUUUCAAUGAAAACUUUUUCCCUGUGGAAAUGUUUCUUGCCCAGAUCCUCCUGCUCAUUGCUACUUUCUUGGGAGGAUUAGGAAUAUUUUUCACUCUCUUACCACCCUGGCACUUUUAUAUGGGAACAAUUCGCAAAACUCAGGCUAUCUGCUUGUUUCUAGCUGGAGGGAUCUUGUACAUAAUUGCAGGUCUCUGUGUCUUAGUCCCAGUGAGCUGGAAUUUCUAUUCAGUAGCAAACAAUAGCAGCAUCCCCUUUCCUCCUUCUUUCCACCUGCCUUCUUUCCCAGUAGCACAGAAAAUUGGGAUUGCUAUUCCUCUGGGGAUCUCAUCUGGCCUCAUGUUGCUAAUAGGUGGGAUCAUUUUCCUCUAUAUCAGAUCUCCCGUGACAUCAAUUAGGGUAAACCCUAUGAACCCAAGAUCUUAACUAUCAGCCUAAAGAGAGAGACAACAUUCUAGAAAGUGAUUUCCAGAAAUUCUUUGGAUUUGAAUCAGACAAAUAUAAAUAAAGUUGAUGGUUAGUUCUUAUAAAAAUAAAA